AUGGCCUACCUCUCCUUUGUCCGCCUCUCGCUCAUGGUGAGCGCGGUGAUGUCCGUCAUCACUUCGGUGCACGCCACCGAGGCGAUGCGCAUCCCCGCCAACAAGAACGCGACGAUGGACAUUCAGGCGAUGCAGCAGAACCCUGAGGUUCAUCAGCUCUCGCGCCGCGCCAACGGCAAGGUCAACAUCGCUUACUACGUUAACUGGGCUAUUUAUGAGGGUCUGGGCUUCUUCAUGCCUACUGACAUCGUUACGGAUGGCUUGACCCACAUCCUGUACUCCUUUGCCGACAUCGACCCGGCGAGCGGCCACCUCUUCCUCUCCGACGAGUGGGCCGACGAGCAGAUCACCUUCGACGGUGACAACACCUCCGAGGCUGGCAACAACCUCUACGGCUGCCUGAAGCAAAUGUACAAGAUCAAGCUCGCGAACCGCAACAUCAAGGUCCUCCUUUCCGUCGGCGGCUACACCUGGUCCCAGGACGGCCACUUCGCCUUCGUCACCAACGACGGCGCGCGCGCGCAGUUCGUCAAGGACGCGGUGCAGCUCAUCGAGGACUACGGCUUCGACGGCAUCGACCUCGACUUCGAGUACCCGGCGAGCACGGCGGAGGGCAGCGGCUACGGGAAGCUGUUCUCGGAGCUGCGCACUGCGUUCGACAACCUGCAGAAGCAGAAGGGCGACGCGGAGCCGUACCAGCUCACUGUUGCCAUCGGCGCGGGUGAGGCUGGCUACCAGUACCUUGACGUCCCGACCAUGGACGCUGCGCUGAGCUACUGGAACUUGAUGGCUUAUGACUACGCGGGCUCCUGGCUCGACUUCACCGCCAACCAGGCCAACGUCAACCCCGACGGCAUUAACAGCGUCUCCACCGCGCAGGCCCUCGACCACUACUUUGGCACUGGCGCGACCAAGGACAAGAUGGUCCUCGGUAUCCCCCUCUACGGCCGCGGCUUCGAGAACACCGACGGUCUCGGGAAGUCGUACAGCGGCGUCGGCGCCGGUACGACCCAGGAGGGUGUCUGGUCCUACGAGAACUUGCCUUUCGCCGGUGCCCAGAUCUUCGAGGACUCCAAGUCGAUCUCGUCCUACUCCUACGACAGCGCCAAGCGCGAGCUUAUCUCCUACGACACGCCGAACAUCGUGAAGCAGAAGGCGCAGUACGUCAUCGACCAGGGCCUCGCGGGCACCAUGUUCUGGGAGCUUUCGACGGACAAGGUCGGCGCGGACAGCCUCGUCGCGGCGGCGAAGAGCGCCAUCGGUGGUCUUGACACGACGCAGAACCACAUCAACUUCCCGAACUCGAAGUGGGACAACAUCAAGAACAACCUCGGCCAGGGUGCUGCCCCGCCCGCUACCACCGCGCCGCCUGCCACCACUGCUCCGCCCGCCACCACUGCGCCCCCGGCUACCACUGCUCCUCCGGCGACUACUGCCCCGCCCGCGACCACCACCGCCGGUAACGGCGCGUGCACUGAGGGCGCGAUUCGCUGCGACAGCGAGUCGACCUGGUCGAUGUGCGGCUCGGGCUACUGGCAGAACAUGGGCUCUGUCCCCGGCGGGAUGGUCUGCCGCGACGGCCAAAUCGUCGCUGCGCGCAAGCGCGACGUGCACCACCGCAGCUGGGCGAGCCGCCAGCACUAA